GGAGUUGGCGGCGGAGCCGAGGCGGCGCGGGCGGAGCAGGCCUGGCGCUCGCGGUCCCUGCAGCCGGAGAAGCAGGGCCCCGCGUACUGAAAAUAAGUGAUUGCUUUUCUUUCUUCAUUUUUGGAAGCCCUGCCCACCACGCAGCUGCAGUGGACAUCCUGGUUCCCCGAUGGAUGAAGAAGACCAACUGAUCCAGCCUCAAGACCAGAGCUGCUGGGCCACCCUGCCCGAUGUGUGCCUGCGUCGUGUCUUCUGGUGGCUGGGAGACAGGGACAGGUCCAGAGCAGCCCUUGUCUGCAGGAAGUGGAACCAGAUGAUGUAUUCGGCUGACCUCUGGCGAUACAGGACCAUCACGUUCAGUGGGAGACCUUCCAGGGUACACGCAUCUGAAUUCGAGUCAGCCCUUUGGUAUGUUAAGAAAUUUGGUCGUUACCUGGAGCACCUGGAGAUCAAAUUCCUGAAUCCUUACAACGUUGUCCUGACCAAGAAGUUCCAGGUCACCAUGCGAGGCCUCCUCUCAUGUCUGGGCAAGAGUAACAACCGUCUGAAAUCUCUCUCCAUCCAGCAUCUCGAGUUGGACCGCCUGGUCUGGAGGAACAGCAUCAGGAGCUCAUUCAUGAAAAGCUUGAGCUUCUUCUUGAAGAAGAUGGGCAGACACCUGAACUAUCUCAGCCUGAAGGGAGCCAGGCUUACCACGGAACAAGGCUGCCACAUCCUCAAUGCCCUGAGCUACUUAAGGAAUGAGAGCACGGUGUCAGAGCUCAACAUCGAGGACUAUUUCAGCCACCACCUCGCUGUCUACAGCAGUCCCCAGUUCAAUAAGACCAUGGCCACGUUCCGCAACCUGGUGUUCCUGACCCUCAACUACAACUGCAUCUCUGACGAGCUGCUGGAGAACCUGUGCGACAACACUGCGGGCACCCUCCGUACCAUGAACAUCAAGUGCCACAUUCAUGACCCCCAUGGGCAGGUCAUCUGGGGCAUGUCUUGGGCCAAGCUGGCCAGGCACGCCACCAGCCUGAAGGUCAACUUCUUCUUUGAGCGGGUCAUGAAGUACGAGCGCUUGGCCCGGAUCCUCUUGCAGGAGAUCCCCAUCAGGAGCAUCAGUCUGAGAAGCUGCUAUUUCAGCGACCCCGACUGGUCCAUGAGACCCACGCUGACAGAUCUCCUGCCCACCUUCCGGCACACUCUGCAGAAACUAACUUUUGAAUUCAACAACAAUCAUGAGUCUCUGGAUGAAGAGCUGCACCUCCUCAUCUUAUCCUGCAGGAAGUUGUUUUACUUCAAAAUCUGGGCUUUCCUGGAUGUUAAGUUUGUGGAGCGGAUUCUAAAGAUCCGGGAGGAAGGGCAGUGUGCCCUGCGCACACUCAAGGUGAGAAUCUAUACAAACAGAUAUGAGACGAAUGAAGAGGACAGGACACUGCGAGAAAUUUACAGGAGGUACAGAAAGCUGAUCGAUUCAGAGCUUAACUAUUUUGUCAUCGCUUACCCCAUGAUGUAACCAGCACUCUCCAGAGAAAGAAAACCAGGAGCGCUUUGAACCUGACAAUCCAGUCCUCACAGAAUGACACUUGGGGCAUCCCCUACCCCCACCCCUUUUCCUCCUCCCUCUCCUUUUUUGCUGGUUUCACACCAACGUGACACCGCAGCAAAGUCUAGGAAGUCAUGCGAAGACCCCAGGUGACUUUAAAGUGCUAUCUUUGCCAACUA